AUGGUUCCUGUUGCUUGGCACCGAACUGCAGCUUGACUCAGUGAAGCUGCUACACAGACUUUCGUUUUCAUUUCUUUUGCCUGAAACUGUACCGAUGUUGGCAGAUUGAAGGAAAACAUGGCUGGCUUGGAGGUGUUGUACACCUGUGUCGCAGGUAACAUCACCUGCCCGCAGGACGCCGUUGUGUGUUUUGUUCACUGGGAGUUGAUAAAGAACGGAUACAGGUGCAUCGGCUCAGGAGACGAGGCCCGCAGCAGUGAUAAGAAGUCCGAGCUGCUGCCUGCUGACUGGAGUAACAACAAAGAGCUGUACAGUCUGCGAUACAAAGCCAACAACAGUGACACCCAAAUGCUCCUCAAGGCAAUCACUGUUGAUUCCACCUUGAUCUUCAAUCUGAUGAACUCCAGCACACAGCAGGUGUCGGACUUAACGGUGAACAUCAACGACCACGUGAACACUGACCAGCUUCAUACAUUUGACAGUGUGUUCAAAGAUGCAGACAGUUUGUCAGAGAAGGUGAAGACUCAGCUGCUGCCCCCCCUGGACAGACCGACCGGACAGAGAGCAGAGAGGAAGAGUCAGCGGGAUGAGGAAGAGGAGGCGCAGAGAAGAAGAGGAGAGGACAGUGACCCCCUCCGUAUUCCCAGCAGGAAUCCUCGCCAGGGGACACACCCUCACUGGCCCGACCCCAUGGUUCCUCCGUUUGCAGCUGGGGGAGCAGAUCUGGAUCCCUUUGGUUCUCGUGGUGGUGGUGGGAUGAUAGUCGACCCCUUGAGGUCAGGUUAUCCUCGCUCUGGCUUUGACCCGUCUAGUGGGAUACCAGACAUUCUGCCUCCUGGAGCCGUUCCCCCAGGAGCUCGCUUCGAUCCGUUUGGACCCGUCGGACGUCACAGACCAGGGCCGGAUCCAGACCACAUGCCCCCUCCUGGCUACGAUGACAUGUUCAUGUAGUACCCUGGAUUGUUUCCCGAUUUUCUACUUCCUGUUCAGCAUCUUUUCCUCCAGCCGAUAGCAGCCGCCUUCUCCUCUCUGAGGGUUUGGUUUCAUCCGUGUUUGUGGCCUGAAGAUUUUCAUUUUUCUCUUUUUGAGAAGGAGGGUUUGUUUUCUGAUUGCUCAUUUCAUAUGAAUUAAAUCUUUAGGAUGCAAACUGACAUAACAAAAACCCAGUUACUGCUGUCUCAAAUAUCCGUGACUUUGAAAUGAAAAAGUUGCUCCAAUGUAAAAGAGCCCCUAAAAGAACAAUGCCAUACAGAUGAAGGUCGCGCAUAAUAAACUCAUAUUUUGUCUUUUAUACUGACAUCUGAACAUUGCUGAGCAGUAUUAUUUUGUGAAGUAAUGAGGUGACAUUUGGCUGCAGGGCGAGAUCUGCGAGUCUGGAGAUUACUGCAUAAAUGAAAAAUCUCACCUUUGAUCAACAGAACCACCGAGAUGCUUAAAUCUAAAAACAUGUACGAGUGAAAACCCCUCUCUCUGCCCUUUGCUUCCUAAAUAAUAGAUCCCAUCAAACUCCAUCUACCAGUUUAUUAAUAAAAGAGUGCUUCUUCUUUUUCAUUUUUGAUGUGAAAAUAUUAAAGAACACUGAAACAUGGUUCUUUAUUUGUGUUUAGAUUGUUGUCAAUUGAACAAGUCUAUUUAAUGAUCUCAGUAAUAUAUACUGAAUAAAAACCCUUUGACGAGA